AUGUCGGUGACAUCAUCCCAGUUUUCUAAGAAAUAUGUUGGAUUCAUCGACGAGGAGGAGAACGAAGGUGAGAACUACUUUGCUGUAUCUCCACCUCCGCGCCAAUCCCGUCGCAAAUCGUCUGGGGCUGUAAGAGGACAGAAUACUGUAAGAGUCCAGGGCGGCAUUAUGAAACCUACUCCCAGCCUCGAAAAGAUGUUCGCAUCUGCAAAUAUAGGUGAGGAUGAUGAUGAAGAAGAUUGUACAUCUAGACCUGCAGUUUCUAGAGGUCACUAUACAGCUUCGUCUUUACCUGUGGCGCCUCUUGAUACUCAGAACCGCGGAAACUCUCAAAGAAGAAAGAAGGCUUCUAAAGUUGGAUUUGGCGAUGAAUAA